CUCCCGUCUCCCCCCUCCUCCCGCCCGCACCCCCCGCCAUCGCCGCACCCCGGCGGGCACUGCCCUAAUUGGAUUCAACUAUGAUAUCCGAGACGCAGUGCGCCCCGUUCCGGCGAUAUUCCCCAAUUACUUACUCUCGUCCCAGAGCGCGAUGGCGAGAUCUGGCGGCAAGCGAGGCGUGAUGGAGCACCACUGCCUGGACCGGUUCCGCCGCCGGCGACUCCUCGCCUUCCUCCGCCGCAACAACCUGCCCGCCACCUUCGACGCGCUGAAGCACGAGACGAGCGUCUUCUUGGACGUGCGGUUCCUGCAGCGCCUGGUGGCGGGCGGCCGGUGGCAGGAGGCGCGAGAGUACUUGAGCCGCUUCCUGCCGUGCCAGGACGAGUUCGACGCGCCCACCGCGCCCAGAUUCCUCACUCGCCUCAACGUUCUCGACGACCUCGCCCAGGGCAAGCUGGAGGGCAUCGAUUUGGCCCAAGAUCUCCGGAACCAAAUCGACGUUAUCCCUUCCACCAUUGUCCGCGAGGACCCGCACUACGCCGCGGCUCUCCGCACAGUCUUGUUCUGGCGCUCUCACCCGACAUACUGGGGUCCCGUGGACUGGCAGCUUAUUAGGCGCAAAGCCGCGCAGGUUGUCGAGGACUUGGUCAUGCGAACCCCCGAGUUCAGGCAUCUGCUGCGGUUGCCGCCGUGUCCAAGCCACCCAUGUUACACCAUCCCCUUCGGGUUUGGGGGUUGCCGGAGGCAUAAGAGGAAGAAGAACAUAGGCCGGAUGUCGGCAUCUCUUCUUGCCCGCCGUUUUCUUCAGAAAGAGAGGCGUCAUUCCUCACCAUGGACUCAAGGUUCAUCGUGUGAACCUAUGGGUUUCGAGGAAAUUAUUGAUGAAACUAUGUUAGCUGGGAAGCUGGAGGUCAUAGAACAUUCAGAUUCUUGUAGUGAAGGCGAUCCUGGUUCUCCUGUUGGGUUAUCUAUAGGUAAAAGUUUUGGAACUGCACCUGCUAAUGCAGUCACAAAGCGUUUGAGUCAAGAAUGUUCCGCUGAAAGUUCCAAUGGUGCAAAACUAAAACCUACAACUGGGCAGUUUUGUCCGGAUGUCGUCGAUGCACGUUCUGGUUGGACGGUGGACGCCAAACAUGUUUUAAAUAAAACAGAAACCCUCGGAGACAUUUCAACUGCCAUGGCCAUGCUAGUGAAUAAGACAUGCAGAAGAUGAUAUUCGAACUGCGAUUAGAUUGCCAAAAAGCAAGAACUAAGAGGUUGAACUUCUCCAUUGGCAACUUGAGCACCCAACAGAACUAGAAACUCUUAGCCGCUGCAUCUAUUGAUCCACCUUGGUUUUGUUCUUUUCUACUUGCUACAAGUUAUGGUGUAUUGUUUUCUUAUAUGCUUUACCAGAAGAGCAAUGGUGUCUUAUCUUUUUGUAAGAACCUAUCAUGCACUGUGGGGAGGAUUGGUAGCCCGUACGUAGGACUGUAGAAAGCAUGCAGAGUUUCUGCUCCGGGUGAGGCAUUUCCACGAGCACCACUGCGUGCUGUGUUGUAAGGAAGCCGAGUUGGUUCGAGCAACACAGCCUUCCCAGUUGCAUGUCGAUGUCAAUGGAUGGCCCUGGCCUGAGUUACGAACGACC